UCAAAUAACCCUAAAUACUCCGUAGUAAAUAGUUGGAGGGUUUAAGGACGGCGAUAUUUCUGUAAAACCCAGAGGGAAUGGCGAUGAAGACUGCGACAAGGGUGGCGGCCGCCGGUCCACGUGGCAUGAGAUCGCUUUUCUCAACUCUUUCUACUAACUUCCCCUUUCCUUCACAACCUGCUGCCAAUCAGUCGCAGAGGCCUCAAGCUGAACCUUCAACCAAUCUCUUCGUAUCAGGUCUUAGCAAACGCACAACUGAUGAAGGACUUCGAGAAUGCUUUGCAAAGUUUGGUGAAGUUCUCCAUGCUAGAGUAGUAAAAGACCGUACAUCAGGUUGGUCAAAAGGGUUCGGUUUUGUACGAUAUUCUACACUUGAAGAGGCUGCUGCCGGCAUAGAGGGCAUGGAUGGGAAGUUUUUGGAUGGUUGGGUUAUAUUUGCAGAGUAUGCCAGGCCAAGAGACUCUCCUCUGCCGUCACCUCCUUCUUACGGGAACAACCAGUAUGGCCGCCAAUGAACUCUCUUCUGAACCUAAAGUACUAUUAUCAACAAUGAUGAUCAAUUCAUGAACUACAUAUUUAAACUGUGUUGAGAGCUCAAACACCAAAAUUUUGACCUCUUUAUGUAUUCAACUAAAGGCUGCAGUCCACACGGGUGAUAUUUGUGUGUGGUUUUAUAGACAAUUUUUUAUUUGCUUACGGGAAAACUAUAGUAGGGUUGUUA